GCUCCUCACUUUGUGACAAAGCGCGUGUCCGACCCCAACAUGAUCCCUGUGCUUGUGGCGGCCGGCGUUGAAUUUGGUGCUGUCAAGGCGUCAAUGUCAGGGGCGCUGGGACGGAUUGUGGGCACGACACUGGCGCUAUGGCUGCCACUGGUGCCAUUGUACCUCUUUGUGCGCCACGCGAUACAGAGCAGGACGCCCUCUAGGGCCAAGAAGGGGACGGGGAGCAAGCUGGCGGCGCCGCCGGUGACAUUCAGGGAUGUGGCGGGGCUCGACACAGCCAAGGAGGAGCUGCUGGAGGUUGUGGCCUGCCUAAGGGACGCUCGCCGAUAUGCGCGUCUGAAUGCAAAAACCCCCUCGGGCGUGCUGCUUACCGGACCCCCUGGCACCGGCAAGACGCUGCUCGCCAAGGCGGUGGCAGGAGAGGCAGGCGUUCCCUUCUUCGCUGCGUCGGCGUCCGAGUUUGUGGAGCUGUUUGUCGGCCGCGGCGCCGCGCGCAUCCGUGACUUAUUUGCCGAGGCGCGCAAGAAGGCGCCCUGCGUGGUCUUCAUCGACGAGCUGGACGCUGUGGGCGGGCGGCGGGGCAUGGGGACAAAUGAGGAGAGGGACCAGACGCUGAAUCAGCUGCUGACGGAGCUGGACGGUUUUGAGGGCCGCCCGGGCGUCCUCCUGCUCGCAGCCACCAACCGCCCGGAGGUGCUGGACCCGGCAUUGACGCGUCCCGGGCGGCUGUCUCGGCGAGUGGUGGUUCCUCUGCCGGACGAGCGCGGCCGCGCCGACAUCCUGGCAGUCCACCUCCGCUCCAUCCCCAUGGCGCCGGAGCUGGACCGGGGGAGCGCGUGUCGGGCGCUGGCGAAGAUCACUGGCGGCUUCAGCGGCGCUGAGCUGGCAAAUGUCAUCAACGAGGCCGCGCUGCUCGCCGGCCGCAAGGAAGCCGAGGUGCGCGCCUUUUUGCAUGUACUUGCACAGAGGGCCUCUGUUUGUUAUAGUUUUGGAAGGUCGAGAGGAGAGCAAUGCUGGGCGCUGUUUCUCAAUGUGCAGAAUUGGCCUCCUGGCUUGAGUUUGUCUACAAAGCUUGCCGCGCACCUCCUCUUGCCUCAUGUCCGCAAGAAGCCUCUGCUUCUUCUCAUGAGGGGCCUCUAG